AGACCCCCCCUGUCGGUUGCACAGCUGUCUUUCCUCCUGAGCAGGAUGGCGGAUGAGGAGGUGUUUGUGUCCGGGGAGCAGACUGUGGAUCGCGGCCUGCUGCGGGACUACAGGCGGCUGACUCGGCUCUACUGCAUGAAUGGCGGAUAUCACCUCCAGAUCCUCCCCGAUGGGACCGUGCAGGGCCAGAGGGAUGACAGGGACGUUCACACUGUUUUAAAGCUCAAAGCUGUGGACAGAGGUGUAGUGGUCAUCCAAGGAACAGAGGCUGGGCGAUAUUUGGCCAUGAGCGACGAGGGCCGAUUGCACAGUUCACAAACAGUGACGGAUGAAUGUUACUUCCUGGAGAAGCUGGAGGAGAACCACUACAACACUUACGUAUCUCAGAAAUAUCACGAGAGGAACUGGUAUGUGGCUCUGAAGAAGAACGGAAAACCUAAACCGGGUCCAAGGACUCACAUCGGACAGAAGGCCAUUUUCUUUCUGCCCCGAGAUCUGCGUGACUCCGGGGAGUGAAGACUCUCCUCUCAACACAGUGAUACCUCAGCACCGAUGGAUGUAGAGCUGCUCCAGGAUGGAUGUUUGUAUGUUGUUAAAAUACACCCAGUCACCAUUUUAGCUCAUCAACUGGGCCAGAAUAAGA